AUGUGGUAUUUUAUAAAACUGUUGGCGCUUGUACGUCUUAGUAUAUCAACAUUUAACGAGGAAAUUGAUUACAUGUACAAAAGCAAACCAAUAAACGAGUUUAUUGAAUACUUCAACAAUCUGAACCUUUCUUGGAAGAUUACUCACUAUGACAACUUAAACGCGUCCACGCACUUAUGCUCCUUAUUAAAAUCCGAAGAAAAUAUUCCAUACAUCAAACCCGAUGUGGAUGGCGAAAUUUCCCUCCCAGUUAAUUUUGAUUCCCGAGAAAAGUGGGCUCAUUGCCCAACAAUCGCUGAAGUCUAUGAUCAAGGUCGUUGCGGGUCUUGUUGGACAUUCGGCGUGGCCACAACCGCAUCUGAUAGGACCUGUAUCCACAAUAAUAUUACCGUACGUUUAUCCGAACAAGAUCUUGAUUGUUGUAAAGACUCGUAUUCUACUCGUAAAUCUGUCUGUGGUGGAGGGAGCCCCGAAGAAGCAUUUAAAUGUUGGACAACUUUAGGAUUAGUAAGUCUAGACUGUAGGCCAUAUAACAUUCAAGAACUGAAAGGUAAUGAUACUUGUAAAAAAACAUGCAAAAAUGGGAAACAAUAUCAGUCUGAUAAACACUACGGCAAAAAUGUGUGGAGAGUACCUAAAGACGAUGACAUUAUAAGAACUGAACUGUUCAGGAAUGGUCCAGUAGAGGCUUCAUUUAAAGUCUACGAAGAUUUUGGACAUUACAAACAUGGUAUCUAUGAACAUAAAUAUGGUAAAUCCUUUGGGGGACACAGUGUCCGCGUUAUUGGUUAUGGUGAAGAAAACGGAACCCAGUACUGGUUGGUGGCUAACAGCUGGGGACCGAAAUGGGGAGAAAAUGGUUUUUUCAAGGUAAAAAGAUUUCAACACGAAUUAAAUUUGGAAGCCAAUAUUUUAACUGCUUUUCCGAAAAACAUUUAA